AUGGGCAAAUGCUGUAGCAUGAAGUGCAUCUUCAUUUUCUUCACUUCACUUUUUGUGGCAUCUGGGGUUGGCCUCAUCGUUAUCGGAGUGAUGUCCCUCACGACCAGCUCGGAAUUAGCCAUUUUUUCCGGGAGCAGCCUGUCUCAAGUUGCUAUACUGCUCAUUGUUGUGGGCGUCUUUAUGGCUGUCAUCUCUUUUGUGGGCUGCUUUGGGGCGUUCAUAGAUAGUUCUUCCAUGUUAACCGCUUUCAUCUGUGUCCUGAUUGUGAUAAUCGGUUUGGAGAUCAUCGCAGGAAUCGCCCUUUACGUCUUUCGUAGCAAGACUGCCGUGCUACAGAUGAACAGCGCUAUCAAUAGCAGAGCCCGGGCGGUUAUCACAGCAUACAGCCCGGGGAACAGGCGCACCAUUGACAACAUCCAGGGAAAGUUUAAGUGCUGUGGUGCUGACAGUUAUACUGACUGGUACACAAGUGUGGGAUGGGGAAAGACUGAUGCCGUGCCGGACUCCUGCUGCGUGGUGAAGACAGAGGGCUGUGGCGAGGAUAUCACCAACAUACACAAGAAGGGGUGUAUCUGGGCUGUUAAGCGCUUUUUGUUGAAAAAUUUGGUCUGGAUCGCUGCCGUCUGCAUCGCUCUCGGAGUUGUGGAGGUUCUUGGAGUACUACUCGGGGCGUGUAUGUGUACAGACAUUAAACGGAGGAACUAUCAAAACAUAAAGUAA